GCUUUUUAUUAUAAAGAGAAAGAUGUGCGACCGCAUGUGCGACCACCGAGGAUAGAGGGGGAGAAAGAAGAGCCAUGGUGGAGCCGAAAAGGUAGAUUUAACCCACUAAGAGGUCUGUGGCGGUCCUGGAUUUUGUACCAAAAGUCUUGGACUAGGAGAGUGGACCCAGAAAUUCAUAUUAACAGGGCCAGCGGUAACAACAUGCUCCUGGCCUCUGCCGUGGUGGUGUGGGAAUGGAUGAACGAACACGGCCGGUGGCGGCCCUACAGCCCCGCCGUCUCCCACCAGAUAGAGGCGGCCAUCCGGAGCAGCGACCCCCGCGGAGGGAGCGUGGUCCUCGGCCAGGUGGACAGCCGACUCUCGCCGUACAUCAUAGAUCUCCAGUCCAUGCACCAGUUCAGACAGGACACAGGAACCAUCCGUCCGGUGCGGAGGAGUUUUUAUGACCCAGCCUCGGCCCCGGGCCAGGGCUGGCAGUGGGAAUGGGAAAAUGAUGCAGGUACAUGGACGCCCUAUGACAUGGAGGUGGCCAUAGCCAUCGAGAGUGCCCACAACCGCCAGCAGCCCUGCCUUGACCUGACACCACUCGGCUUCUGCUACUUUAUUGAUUAUCAGAACAUGACACAGGUGAACAGACAGAGCCAGAGAUGUCGGAGGAUCCAGAGGCGUGCUGACAUGGCCUACCCUUUAGUGUCUGGUCCUCUCCCUGUACCCAAAGGAGGAGGUGUAGGAGCAAGUGGAGGGCUAACAGGAGCCUUGCUGGGCGUUGGAGUGUCAGGGGCCAGCAUGGGGAUUGGAUCCGUCUAUCCUAAUGGAGGCUUACUGGCUACUGGAUUGGGCCAGCCUUGUUCCUGCCAGCAGUGCAUGCUGGUCCUUAGUGUGAAGACCAAUACAGGAAGAGCAGGGGGAGGAGCUGCAGGGUUACAGACUCUAGGUAGACGCUCGCUAACCAUGCAGCGGCCUAAGAACUCAGCCUCCAAACCUCUAAGUCCGUCUAAAUCGGCCACUCUGGGACGAGGACAGCCUCAGAACUCCAGCUACUAUCAGACGCUGCCGCACGGCCUCGCCAUCUCCAAAAACACUGCCUCACCAAGAAGGAACGCUCAGCUCUUCGCUCAGUCGCUGGCUGCCCUCACCACUUGCACGUCCUCUCUGGGUAUCUCCUCGUCUUCCGUCAGGCCGCCUCCCCCAUCCCUUCCACCUCCUCAGCCCCCAUCAUCCAACCCAAAUUUGAACCCUCCGUCCAUUCCGGCCAAGCACUCUUCAUCUUCAGCCAGUGAAUCAGUGCCGACUGGCACAUUAAUUACCCCUGCCAGCAAUGUGACCACACCCCCUUCUCCAGUGCCAUCUCCGUCGCCAAUGGUGAUGAAGCCGCAACGCAUGGCGUCGUCCACGGCAACAGUGUGCCAUGCCCCGUUGCCACAGAGAUCCAGCUUAGCCGGGCUGAGCAGACCAGCGUUACAGAGGAUUGCCAUGGCCCAGUCCAGAGCACUCAUAGCAUCAGGUGUGCCCACCGUCCCAGUGAAGAACCUCAGUGGAUCCAGUCCUGUUCACCCUGCACUGGCCGGGAUCACAGGAAUUCUGAUGAGUGCCGCCGCUCUGCCUGUGUGCCUGACGAGGCCUCCUAAACUUGUGCUGCAUCCUCCGCCCGUCAGCAAGAGUGACAUCAAACCAGUGCCAGGCUUUGGACACUGUUGCAGGAAGACCACCAAGAAACAAGCUCGCAAGGGUAAAACUCCAGAGGAGGUGGUGAAGAAGUACCUGCAGAAAGUUAAAAGUCCACCAGAGGAGGACUGUACCAUUUGUAUGGAGCCAUUGGGGGGUCCAUCCGGAUACAAAGGUCCAGGGGUGGGGCCUGUUUCCAGGGCAGACUCAGUUGGGCGACUUGCACAGUGUGGACACCAGUACCAUUUCCAGUGUCUGGUGGCUAUGUACAAUAAUGGCAACAAGGAUGGCAGUCUUCAGUGUCCCACGUGUAAAACCAUCUAUGGCGUAAAGACAGGCAACCAACCGGCAGGGAAGAUGGAGUAUCACGUCAUCCCUCAUUCUCUACCAGGGCACCCUGACUGCAAAACCAUACGCAUCAUCUACAACAUCCCACCAGGCAUUCAGGGACCAGAGCAUCCAAACCCAGGGAAGCCCUUCACGGCCAGAGGCUUCCCCAGACACUGCUACCUCCCAGACAGCGAGAAAGGACGCAAGGUACUGAGACUGCUCCUGGUAGCAUGGGACCGCAGAUUGAUCUUCUCAGUUGGUACAUCAAGCACUACAGGAGAGUCCGACACCGUCAUCUGGAACGAGGUCCACCAUAAGACGGAGUUUGGCUCCAACCUGACGGGCCACGGCUUCCCCGACCCUGGACACCUCGACAACGUCCUGGAAGAGCUGAGGGCUCAGGGCAUCACAGAGGAUGAUGGACUGAUGGAAAAGUGAAAGGACAAACGGCCAGCAGAGAAGGAGGAGACAUCAGUGAGAGAGCAGUUAAGGCUGGACGGGUGAACCAGGAGUAGAGGAAGAGAAGUGGGGCCUCACCAUGAAAAUAACAGUGAGGAAAAGAGGAGGUCCUGAACUGAGAAAGACUCUCUCUGCCAGCACUUAAAAUGAGUGCAGGGGGGACAUUUCGGGUUGUACAAGACAUUGAUUAUGUUUUGCAAAAGUGACCACUUUUCAAGGUGUUGAUUGAGUCAGCGUUGGGUUCACCUUGUCAAUGCAAGUCUGUCCAAAUUUCACAGUUUUCAAACAAGCACAUCAACAGAAGUGGGAGUUUGAGGAAGCAUCAUCACAGAAAGGAAAACAAUGCACAGGAGAAAUAUAAGAAAUCAGAAGGAGAAUGAGGGCACUCACGGUUUCAGCUACCAAACAGCUAGGUACUAAAUGUCGAAAAGUGUGAAUGAAUCGGUACUAAUAUUAAGGACAAAACAAGUUUACUUUACUGAGAGAGAGAGAGUAAUAUAAAAGAAUGGUAAAAUGUCAGAGCAGUUCAGUAGAAAAUGGGGAUUGAAAGGACAAAGAGGAAGAAGUUGGAGCAGUGGGGGAGGUUACUGGAGGGAGGAGAACAGGAAUAAUGUAGCAGAAAGAGCCAAUGAUGGUGAAUGAAUGUAGUAUAGGAUAGGAGUAGAGUAAAAUUAACUUGUAUGGUACUGUUCAGGUACUUUAGCUAUUAAUAAAAACAAGGAAACCAAGAAUGAAGACAGGAGACAGACGAUGUGCUUCUUGCCUGCUUGGGGUUGAAGUUUAGUGCUGUUGCUCCCUCUUGUGGUUUUUCUGAUUAACUACACCUCCGCCUGUAAGCUAAUGGAACAAAUCCAGUUGUUACUUUGAGUUAUCCACCUGUGUUACUUUUUUAUCAUUACUAUAACCCUCAUGUAAUGUCAUUCCUUAUGUUACCUCUUACUUUUGACUCAAUGGUUUUCUGUAAUAGGCUUUGUUUGUUUCUGAUUGUUUGUGAAAUGCCAAAAGACCAAACUAAGGCCUUGUCAUUUGGGCCUAUUACUAUUGAGCCACUGUGGUACAAGUUAACCUUAGAUUCACAGGAACCAGUAUUUACAUCUGUCUUUAUUGUAUAUUUGUCCCUUUUGAUGGUUCACAUGGUUUCAUUGGAUAUAGAUGCUGUUGUAUCCCAUCAACAGUGGGAUACCAGUGAGAAAAUACUGAGGAUGUGAUGAAGGUGAUUGCCUAGAAUCAAGCUCUGAGAAUUCGCUUCAAGGCCUCAGUGUUAAGUUCCUCUAGUUGAAUGAUCUUCACUGUGUGUAAAACCCCCAGACCAACGAAGAGCCAGAAAGCCCCUCAGAUUGAGCAGAGUGUUAGAAGGCUCAGGAGGGUGGAGAGCACAAGAGAGGUCACGACCUGGUCUGCACAAGCAGAAAAAACACAUUUCAAAUCAGUUUAGCUUGGUCCUGGUGGUGGACUGUCAAAUACUAUUAGUGGAUAUCAACAAAUCACAGUGAUUUUUCACAGACACUGGGAUUGGUAAAACUUUAAUCUGUGGUUGUCACUGACUAGUUAGUAUUACAACACAACAUUCACCAUCGAUAUGUCACCCACAAAAAAUAAGACCAUCUUUAGGACUUUUUUCUGGUAGACAAGGACUUCUCAAAAGCUGUGAUUAAACAGACAACUUUAAAGGUUCCAUAUUUAUAUGCAUUUAAACUCCCCUCUUUGUGUGUAAUCACAGACAUUCAAUGGAGACUCUGAAUCUGACCCAUUGAAGUGUUACAUGACUCCCAGCUUUGAUUGGCAUGAAAUUCUUCUGGUUAAAUCAUUGGUACUAAAGGUUAAGAACUGUGUUCGAAAAUAUCUGGUCCUUUGAUAAAAAGUCAAAGCUACAAGCUCGUGUACAUAAAAACAAGAUGGACGGCCACGGUACGUUUCAGCCAGAAACAUCUAAUCACUGAGCUUCAAAUUCUGUCAUGUGAGCUGCUAACAGCAGGCGAUAAGUAAAGUCUUAAAAUCUGCUUUAAUUGUGGGUGAAAUCUGCAACUAUGAUGCUUUUGUUCUCAACAGUAAUGACAAAGCUUUUUGAAGUGGUUACCUCUCAGAUUUGUACCUCGCACUGGCCUCUCCUCCAUGGCAAUGGCAGCCGAGGCUCAGGGGUAUUGUAGUAUGUAUCAUUUAAAGAAAUAUGGGGCGUACAGAAUGGCCGCCAGCAUUUCACGACUCAUUAACUUCAGGAAAUAUAUCAUACCUGAAUUUGCUUUUGAUUGGCUGCCAACACUAAAGAUGUAACUGUAAUCUGUCCAAUCAGGCCUCCACUCUGGAUUUACCUCAUUUGACUCAGAUGGGCUGAGAACAGCAGCUCAUCUGAACCUCUAAAUGAGGUUUAGUAUUGUGAGUAUGUUUGUCAGUUUAGGACAUUUAAUUAUUUUAGAUUAUUAUUCCUCUUGGUAAGCGUUUUCAGGACAAAGCAUCAUGAAAAGCCUUAUUUUUAGCCACAGAAGUGGAGUGUAUGCAAAAACAACAGAAAGCUUUCUAAUAUGGGGCCUUUAAUCUAUGACUAAUAAAUAAGACAUUCUUGUCUCAGCAACAUUGAUAACAACUUUUCUUCUAAGCUCCUCAUCCACCAACUGAGAACACACUGCCCAUUCUCUGGGUUGGCUCUUUAAAUGGCCCCAUAUCACAAUAGCCCCCUUUACACAGCCUGUUCAAGGCCGGACUGUUGAGCAUUUACUCUGCCUCACCGUUCUGUAUGAAAGUUACAAA